GAAAAUAAGAGAAAAAAAGAAAACACCUUCGAAAGAGAUAGAAUCUCAGAUUGAAAGACAUUUUUUAAGUAAGCCAGCGACUAUAGGUAUCUGGAUUUUCACCCAUACAAGUUCUGAAAGCCUCUCUCUCUCUCUCUCUCUGUGUGUGUAUGUACAGCCAUGGCUGCUACUGUUGCAGCCGGUGGAGUUAGUAUAGGAGUGGCCAAGCUCCACCCUCACAAAUCGAAACCCACAUCACCAUUUCUGGGCAAGAAGCUUAGAAUUAAUAAACCCAGUUUCGAACCACAUCCCAGUUCAAGAUCAAUAACUGUCUCCAACCCGAAAACGUUGCUGGUUUUCGCCUCUGGCGGCGGCGAGUUGAUCCAUGCGGUUCAGGACCUCUUUUUGGGCGUGGGAGUGGGGCUUCCGUGUACAGUCAUGGAGUGCGGUGAUAUCAUAUACAGAAGCACUCUUCCAAAGUCUAAUGGCUUAACACUCACAGCCCCUGGUGCUAUUUUGGCUCUGAGUGCCCUAUCUUAUCUAUGGGCCACUCCUGGUGUGGCUCCUGGGUUCUUUGACAUGUUUGUGCUUGCUUUUAUUGAGAGGCUUUUUAGACCCACUUACAGGAAGGAUGAUUUUGUUUUGGGGAAAAAAUUGGGUGAAGGAGCUUUUGGAGUGGUUUACAAAGGUUCAUUGGCUAAUAAGAAGUCUUCUUCCAAGAAAGAAGGUGACUUUGUGUUGAAGAAGGCCACUGAAUAUGGUGCUGUGGAGAUUUGGAUGAAUGAACGUGUGCGAAGGGCGUGUGCAAAUAGUUGUGCUGCUUUUAAGUACGGCUUUCUCGAGACUUCUUCAAAGAAAGGAGCUGAAUAUUGGCUUAUAUGGCAGUUUGAAGGGGAAGCCACACUGUAUGAUUUGAUGCAAAGUAAAGACUUUCCCUAUAAUGUAGAAACCAUGAUUCUUGGAAAGGUCCAGGACUUGCCAAAGGGUUUGGAAAGGGAAAAUAGGAUCAUUCAAACAAUUAUGAGACAACUGUUAUUUGCGUUAGAUGGUCUUCACUCAACAGGGAUUGUACAUAGGGAUAUAAAACCACAGAACGUUAUUUUCUCCGAAGGCUCUCGAACAUUCAAGAUCAUUGAUCUUGGAGCUGCAGCAGAUUUGCGAGUUGGCAUAAACUAUAUUCCAAAGGAGUUUCUUUUGGAUCCAAGAUAUGCUGCACCAGAGCAAUACAUCAUGAGCACACAAACGCCAUCCGCUCCCUCUGCUCCAGUGGCAACAGCACUUUCCCCAGUUCUAUGGCAGAUGAAUUUGCCUGAUAGAUUUGAUAUCUACAGUGCUGGGCUCAUAUUCCUACAAAUGGCAUUCCCAGGAUUACGGAGUGACAACAGCCUAAUACAAUUCAACCGUCAACUAAAAAGGUGUGAUUAUGACUUGGUUGCAUGGAGGAAAACCGCUGAGCCUCGUGCUAGCGCCGAACUACGAAGAGGUUUUGAGCUGCUGGAUUUGGAUGGUGGAAUUGGAUGGGAACUCUUGACAUCAAUGGUUCGAUACAAAGCAAGACAAAGAAUCAGUGCAAAAACGGCUUUAGCAUAUCCUUACUUUGACAAGGAAGGCCUGUUGGCUCUGUCCUUGAUGCAGAAUAUGAGGCUGCAACUGUUUCGAUAUACACAACAAGAUUAUGGGGAGGCUGCCAAAUGGAUUAUUCGGCUAAUGGCAAGAUCCGGAACCCAGCAGGACGGUGGCUUCACAGAAGCUCAGCUCCAAGACCUCAGAGAAAUGGAGCCUAAUAAGAAGAAGGCAAGUGCUUCAAGAAGAAAUGCUCUUGCUUCAGCUCUUUGGCUCCAGAGGAAGAUUGUAAGAACAUUGAAUGAGAGCAUGGAUGAGAUUAACCGACGUAGGAAGAGUCUCUGGUGGAGCAGGUGGAUUCCCAGAGAGGAUUGAAGUUCGUGAAGACGUACUUUUUUUUUCCUCCUUUUGUAAAUGUUGUGUAGCAGUCUCAACUGACCAACUUGGUGAUAUAGAAUUAUGUUUAAACAUGACAGCAAGUAGCUGGAAUCUAAUAGAAACAUACCUCGAA